UCCAGUACAAUAGCCAACGAGCAGGCCUGCCUAUUUCUUACCCCCACACCUGCGAUGCCUGUGUUCCCUGAGAACUGACGUGUCCCUGCCUGGGAGAGGGAUGAAGAACGGAAGGGUCUGUUUUUGACUGAGCGAGUGGCAGGCAAAAGGAAUAAGAGUUGGAUCCAGUUAGCACCGCCAGCCAGACCUGAUUCCCCCCAAACUUUUUGCAACACUGAGAAUGUGAAGAAACCAUACGGACACCAUUUGGUUCCCAAGACCUGUAUUUACUGACUCUAGACAAAGCUACAAGGCCUAGCUAGGAUGUCCAUGAGGAGCCCUGUUUCUCCCCACCUGGAACUCGAUGGAGCCGGGAACAUGGUGAACUGCACCAUCAAGACGGAAGAGAAGACAGAUAGCUGCCAUGAGUCCCCCCAGGGAGCACCCACUGGCUCCGAUCCCCACUCCAGCGAUUUGCAUGGAGUGCCGCUGUCGCUGAGAGAGGGUGCUGACCCCCGGACUCUUCCACAGGAAUCCCGGUCUCCUGUGAGCAAUGCGUUAGAUUCCAGGAGGUCUGCGUUUGAGCCUGCUGUCAGCAGCCAGGAAAAGUUAGAUUUCAACAGAAACUUGAAAGAGGUUAUGCCAACCAUUGAGAAGUUACUCUCCAGUGACUGGAAAGAAAGGCUUCUGGGUAGAAACACCAUGGAAUCCAAAGAGGUGAAAGGAACCCAGGAGAGCUUAGCGGAGAAGGAGCUGCAGUUGCUUGUCAUGAUCAACCAGCUCUCCACCUUGCGGGACCAGCUUCUGACGGCCCAUUCGGAGCAGAAGAACAUGGCAGCCAUGCUGUUUGAGAAGCAGCAGCAGCAGAUGGAGCUGGCUCGACAGCAGCAGGAGCAGAUUGCCAAGCAGCAGCAGCAGCUCAUUCAGCAGCAGCACAAGAUUAACCUGCUGCAGCAACAGAUCCAGCAGGUCAAUAUGCCCUAUGUCAUGAUUCCAGCCUUUCCUCCCAGCCACCAGCCUCUCCCCGUGACCCCAGACUCCCAGCUAGCACUUCCCAUCCAGCCCAUCCCUUGCAAACCAGUGGAGUACCCCAUGCAGCUGCUGCACAGCCCUCCCCCUCCGACGCUGAAGAGACCCGCCGGCUCAGGCCACCUCCAGAUGCAGGAGUCUUCACAGCCACUGAACCUAACGGCCAAACCCAAAAGCUCUGAGCUCUCCAGUGCCUCCAGCUCACCCAGCCUGAAGAUGAGCAGCUGCCGAUCCCUCACUCCUAACCACGGGGUCACGAGAGACCUUCAAUCCAGCCCUCCCAGUCUGCCUCUGGGAUUUCUGGGAGAGGGGGACGCCAUCACUAAAGCGCUCCAGGAUGCACGGCAGCUCCUGCACUGCCAUAGCGGGGCGACGGAGAGCUCUCUGAAUAAUCCCUACCGGAAGGACCAAAUGGGCUUGGAUUCCUCGCCCACGAAGGAGCGGAUGGAGGAGACGUGCAUGCACAGACUGGACGAGUCCAUGUUAACCUGCGAUAUGGAUGGCUCACGACACUUCCCCGAGUCCAGGAACAACAACCACAUAAAGCGGCCCAUGAAUGCUUUCAUGGUGUGGGCCAAGGACGAGAGGCGGAAGAUUUUGCAGGCCUUCCCGGACAUGCACAACUCCAGUAUCAGCAAGAUCCUGGGGUCCCGGUGGAAAUCGAUGACGAACCAAGAGAAGCAGCCCUAUUACGAGGAGCAGGCCCGGCUGAGCCGGCAGCACCUGGAGAAGUAUCCCGACUACAAAUACAAGCCGCGGCCAAAGCGCACCUGCAUCGUGGAGGGGAAGCGGCUGCGCGUGGGCGAGUACAAGGCGCUGAUGAGGAACAGACGGCAAGACACCAGGCAGGGCUACUUGAUAGCACCCCCGGGCAGUCAGAUGCAAGCCUCUUCAUCGGAUGUCCUGUACCAGAGGCCGGUGGGCAUGCAGCUGGCGCCACCGCUGGUGGAGCACUACCUGCCUCGCAGCAUGGACCCCAACAUGCCCGUCAUCGUCAACACGCGCAGCCUCAAGUCGCAAGAGGGUGACGGCGGGGAGGAUGGGCACUCGGUGGCGGAUGGCGAGAUGUACCGGUACAGCGAGGACGAGGACUCCGAGGGCGAGGACAAGAGCGACGGGGAGCUGGUGGUGCUCACAGACUGAGCAGAGGGCGGGGGUGGGGUGGGGUGCGCGCGUGUGUGAAGCGGGGAGCAGCAGCAGAUUUUGCAGCGUUCCCCCGUGUGAGGCUGGAACUGAA